UACCAUACAUAUAUAUACCCAUUUCAAGAGUGCCAGCAAUGUUUAUUUUAUGCUCAAUCAAUGUUUGAAACAACACCAUUCUCAUUCCCAUUUCAAUUUCCAUUUCCUCGAAAAACAUCAUGCCAAUCUCAUAUUCAUAUUCACUCUCAAUUUCAUCAUCAUCAUCAUCCAUUCUACCAAAGCUAAACCCAAACCUCCGUCCAAUCCAAUUCCGAACCAAACAACAACAUAACCGCCAAUUCCCGAACCUAAAAAUCCAAAACUCCUCCACCCGAACCAACAACACCACCACAAUACAUUUUCUAAAACCGUAUCUAAUUUCCCAGCAAAAACCAAUCCUCUUCGGUUGGCUCUGUAGUGCUAUCUCCGUUUACUCUCUCUCUAACAUCCUCUCCAAAUUCUCCGCCAUCACCACCGCCACAACAACCGUCCACGUCACACAUGGACUCGCUCUCGGCGGUUUGGUUCUUGUUCGAUUGAUUGCCACGUAUGCACAGCAUGCGCUUCUUUGGGAAGCUUCUCUCAACGCGGUUUAUGAUGUUCGCGUUCACGUUUUCGAUCGUGUUCUGAAUAGAGAACUUGCGUUUUUUGAAGCUAACGACGCCGUUUCCACUGGGGAUAUUGCUUAUCGAAUAACUGCUGAAGCUUCCGAUCUUGCUGUUACCUUAUACGCUCUUCUUAAUACUAUAGUACCUAGUACUCUGCAACUGUCUGCAAUGAUAAUGCAUAUGUUGGUUAUAAGUCCUUCCCUUUCUUUGAUUUCAGCCAUGGUUAUUCCUUGUAUGGUUCUAGUUGUUGCCUUUCUUGGUCAAGAACUUCGCAAGAUAUCUAAAAAGUCACAUACUAGUGUUGCUGCUCUCUCAGCAUAUCUAAACGAGAUCUUGCCCGCAAUUCUCUUCGUGAAAGCGAACAACGCAGAGUUGCUUGAGAGUGUCAGGUUUAAGAGACUGGCCCUGAUAGACAAUUCUGCAAAGUUGAACAAAAAAAGGAUGAAAGCGGUUAUUCCCCAGGUUAUACAGGCUAUUUAUUUUGGAGUCCUUUCCAUACUUUGCGCAGGUUCGGCGGUGAUUUCAAGAGGUUCAUUUGAUCGCUCUAGCUUGGUUUCAUUCGUGACUUCGUUGCUUUUCUUGAUUGAGCCUAUUCAGGAUGUAGGAAAAGCUUACAAUGAGUGGAGGCAGGGAGAACCAGCUAUUGAACGCUUGUUUGCUAUGACCCAGUUCAAAAAUAAGGUGGUUGAAAAACCAGAUGCUGUUGAUUUGGACCAUGUUACAGGGGAGUUGAAAUUCUGUAGUGUCUCCUUUAAGUAUAAUGAUGGUCUGCCUCUUAUCUUAAAUGAAUUGAAUCUCCACGUUCGGCCUGGAGAGAUAGUUGCUAUUGUCGGUCCUUCUGGGGGAGGGAAAACAACACUUGCAAAACUGCUGCUUCGCCUUUAUGAUCCUAUAUCUGGGGCUAUACUGAUUGAUAACCAAAACACCCAAAACAUUAGUUUGCAGAGUUUAAGAAGACAUGUUGGUGUAGUUUCUCAAGAUAUAACACUUUUUUCAGGUACGGUUGCUGAAAACAUUGGUUAUAGGGAUCUGACAACAAAAAUUGACAUGGAGAGAGUGAAGCAGGUAUCUCAAACUGCUUAUGCCGACGAGUUUAUCAGCAAACUUCCAGAAGGUUACAAAACCAAUAUUGGACCAAGGGGAUCAACGUUAAGUGGAGGCCAGAGGCAAAGGCUGGCUAUUGCAAGGGCAUUCUAUCAAAAUUCUUCAAUAUUAAUUCUGGAUGAGGCAACUUCUGCCUUAGAUAGUAAAUCUGAGUUAUUAGUGAGACAAGCUGUAGAGCGUUUAAUGGAAAAUCGUACGGUGCUUGUAAUCUCACAUCGCUUGGAAACCGUUAUGAUGGCUAAACGAAUAUUCCUUUUAGAUAAUGGAAAGCUAGAAGAGCUGCCUCGGUCAACUAUGUUGGAUGGUCAUAUGGAUUCAUUGCUAUCAUCUGGGCGUAUCGUUUGAAUUAUAUUUUACGUAAUUGGAUUCAUAUUUACUGUGAAGGUGAUAAUACAUAUUCACAUAUAGUUUCAAUACAGUGAGAAAAUACCCACUUUACUAUCUAAAGCUCACUUAAGAGGAGUCUUAUCUCUUAGCUUCACUAUCCUUAUAAUUUUGGAAAAUCUGUUGUACAUUAUUCUGUAAUCAUGUAUUAACUUAAGCAGAGUGUCAUGUUCUUGUAAUUUAUGCCCCGUCUACUCUCCAA